AACAUUAUCACAUUCUCAAAUGUACUUAGCGCCUAAGUGUGCCUAUUCCAUCUCUUUGGUCGUUAUGCUGCGUUUAUUUCUAUUUAUUUCUGGCAUAUUGUUUGCUAAUGGCAGUUCUUUUGAAGAACGUUUGAAAAUUCUUGAAAUAAUUGUUGAUAAACAACAAGUCGAGAUGGAUUUAUUGAAACAAGCAAAUAUAGAACUGAAACAGGAAAAUCUUGAAUUGAAUCAUGACAAUACAGAAUUGAAAAGCCGCGUAAAAGAACUGGAAGUUGACGUCUCGAGACUCAAAGGCGAGGGUAUGCAUAACAACCCGAGCUAUGAAAGUUACAUAAAUGCAGCAAUGCAUGAAACCGUUGACAGCAUAAAUAAAAGUAGAAAAUUGGAAACAUCGGAUUGGCAUGGAACGCCAAAUGUUCAAAACGAUCAAAAUUCGGACGUCAUAGCAAGUCUUUCUAAAAGGGAACUAUUACAAUCAGGAAGGGUUGCGUUUCAUAUAUACCUUUCUUCGAGCAAAUGUUUCAACGAUCAUCAAGUAAUUGAAUACGACACUGAAGUUUUAGAUAUUGGAAAUGGCUAUAAUGAGCAUGACGGGAUAUAUAUUGUACCAGAAUCCGGAAUAUAUGUGUUUACUUGGUCAUUCGUUGCUGAUACUGCUGAAUAUGCUGUCACUGAAAUUGUAGUUAAUGGGGCGACUCAAGGAUGGACAAUAUCUGAUGGGUCUAGUCAAAGACUUUUGUAUAAUCCCUCAUCUGGUCUUGUUCUAGCCAGAGUGAACGCUGGGGAUCAUGUUUUCAUAAGACGUGUAGAAGGUCGCGGUUGCACAGCUUACAGCGGCAAGAACAUUCAACCGACGUUUUCCGGAUGGCAACUUUCUCCAUGAAAUUAUGUAUUGUCUUGAUUUUAGAACUUCCAUUGACACAAAAAUAGAUAAGAUGUGAAAGAGAA